AUGGAUGACCUUGCCCAGCUGCGGGAGCUGUCUGAAUCAGCGCUCGUCAAGCAGCUGUCGUCGCGAUUCUCCAAGGAUGUCAUCUAUACAUACAUUGGUGACAUCCUCGUGGCGUGUAACCCUUACCGGGAGCUGGGCCUCUACACACAAGCGAUGCAAGACAAGUACAAAGGCCGCGUCCCACGCACCGCGGUUGCCCCGCAUGUGUACUUUGUUGCCAACUACGCCUACGAGCGCAUGAUGCAGACCAAGACAGAUCAAAGCUUCGUCAUCAGCGGGGAGAGCGGAGCUGGAAAGACGGAGACAACGAAACACAUCAUCACACACGUGAUGGAGGUGUGCAAAGCAGGCAAGACCAUCCUGGAGACCAACAUCCUUCGCCUCAACCCGCUCCUUGAAGCAUUCGGCAACGCACAGACAGUGAUGAACGACAACUCGUCACGCUUCGGCAAAUACAUCAACCUCAACUUUGAUCGCACUGGCUCUGUGCUUGGAGCUGAGCUGACCACGUAUCUGCUGGAGAAAUCACGCGUCACGCAUCUACAAGACAACGAGAGCAACUUCCACAUCUUCUACUACGUCCUGGAGGGCAUGAGCGAAGAGAACAGAUCACAGCGCCACCUCAAGCCCGUAUCCCAGCACGCGUACGUGCGCAACACUUCAAAGAGCGCACACAACAAGAAGCGCAACAUGGAGCAGCAUUUCAACCAGCUGCUGGACAUGAUGUUCAACUUUGGCUUCGACGCGACGGAGAUCGAUGCGCUCUUUGAUGUCAUAUCCGCAAUCCUGCACAUUGGCGACAUUGCGUUCACACCGGCGCCAAACGACGGCGCCAGCGUCUCCUCAUCGUCGUCGCCCUCGCUGCAACACGCAGCCGAGCUCACAGGUCUUGAUGAACAACAACUGCAAAGCAUCCUGACAACGGCCGUCACAACAACGCGAGGUGAGCACAUUGUGCGGUUGCACGAUCCAACUGCUGCUGCAGACGCGCGUGAUUCCAUUGCGAAAUCGCUGUACUCGCGAUGCUUUGCGUGGCUCAUCUCGUCCCUCAACGACACGCUGGCGUGCGACGCGAGCGUGUCGCACCUCAAGGCGUGCAGCAUGGGUGUGCUGGACAUCUUUGGGUUUGAGCAGUUUGAAGAGAAUUCACUUGAGCAGCUCUGCAUCAACAUCACCAACGAGCACCUGCAGCGAUUCUUCAACCAACACAUCUUCGAAAUGGAGGUUGAAGCGUACAAGCAAGAAGGUAUUGAUGGCUCCGAGUUUUCGUAUCCAGACAACCAAGACAUCAUCUUUCUCUGCGCGGGCAAAGGCGGCAUUCUUUCUCUUCUCAACGAGAAGUCCCGGUUUCCACAAGGGAGCGACAAUGCGUUUGUGAACAAGUGCGGCGAGCAGUUGAAGCAGCACAGGUCCAACGCCUUCACGCCCGCCCGGUCAUCCCGUGAUCUCAAAUUCACCGUCAACCACUUUGCUGGCCAGGUCACGUACUCGUGCGAAGGGUUUCUGGAGAAGAACAAGGACAAGUUGGCCGACUCUGUCGUGCCAACACUCUUGCAGAGCCGCUCGGAGUUUCUUGUUGCGCUGUACACCGCACAACGCGACAUGGCUUCCGGCUUCAAGGUCCAGAGCAAACGCAGACAGAGUAAGCAAAGCGCAAAUCUCGCCACACUCUCCUCCUUCUUCCUCAAAUCCCUCGACGAACUCAUGUCUGCCCUCAACAGAACAAUGCCCCAUUUUGUUCGCUGCAUCAAGCCCAACACGGACAAGAAACCGCAUGCGUUUAACAGCAAAGCCGUUUCAAAACAACUCAAGUACGCCGGUGUCCUGGAAACUGUCCGGAUUCGCCAGGCCGGAUACGCGGUCCGCAUGUCCUUUGAAGAGUUUUGCAAACACUACCGCAUCAUCUUCUGCAAAGCCCACGAACAGCCCAACACGGACGCGGAAACGGCGCAACGCAUCUUGACGCUGGCUGGACUCAAGAAUUACCGCAUCGGCACCAGCAAGGUGUUUCUGAAGUACAACCACAUCGACGAGCUGCAACUUGCCAUGCGAAAGCACGCAGAGGCGUUGAGAUUUGUGCGGAAAGUGUGCAAAGGAUUCAUUGCGCGCGUGCGAUAUCGGGCAAUUCUGGCAGCAAAACGCGAAACACUUGAUGCUGUUGCCGCAUUGCUGACCGCCUGCGAGGUGCACCGCGAUGCCAUUGGAGAAUUCCGGAAGAAGCGGCGCGUGCUCGAUGUGCUGCUGGAGGAGACGAUGGAUGACGAUGAGCGACAGGGAGUACUGGACCGAAUCGCCGCCAUGGAUACAGCCAUCGACACGGAGCUUGAGAAGCUCAAUGAUGUACUGAAGACCAACGACGAGCUGCGCAUGGAAAUCAAGAAACUCAAGACACAAUUCGACAGACAGGAGCACGAAGCAGCGCAUGGCAUGGGCACGUACGAUGAGGAUGACGUGGAGGAUCUGUAUGCCGUUGAGCGCAGCGUCGAGGACACGAUCCCGCGCAAGCUUGACCCCGAGAUCAAGAAGCGGCUCUCUGUACAUGCACUGAAACAGGCAGAUGCGCCCAAGGAAUACACGGACACGAUGCGAAAGGGAUUCUUUGGAACGCUGUUUGGCCGGCGCAAGAAGCACAAGUCGCACAAGAAGAAGAAGAGCAGCUGAGGCAAUCAAUAGGUGCCGCUGGUCAUUGUGUGUGUCACCAACACGAGUUACUGUUGCGUGUGGUUUAAUGGCUCGGUUUUUGUUUUGUUGUCGUGGUUUUGACGCUGCGGCACUUCGUGCUGCAACUCUUGUUCCUGUGCAUACCACACCCACCACAGCCACACACGCACACCCAAGGACAGUCAUCAUCUGUAUUUUGGCACAGACGAAGAUGCACCUCUUCCCUUUGCUCCUUCUUUCACUCUUUGACACGUGCGUUUGUCAAUGAGAGAGACUUCUGUCAUGUCACGUCAUGUCAUGUCAUUGCUGGAUCGAACGUGCACGCCAGCAAGCAAGCAAUCAAACAACCAAUUCAAUCCUGCUCAUCGCCAACAACCGCCAGCAAAGCCACAACCACACCCCCACCCCCGCAUGACAGUCUUACUCGUCUUCUCGUUCCAACACAACGAAGUGGGAUCAAUGAAUGUACAUAACCAAA